AUGAAGUUCACUACCUCCGCCAUUGUCCUCGCUCUCUCUGCUCUCGCAGCCGCUAUGCCUCAGGGCGCAAAUGCCAACCGCCCCGUCCCCAACGGCGCAUGCUGUAUCGCAAACACGAGCUUGAAGCAGGAUGUGUGCAAUGUCAAUGGUCAAACUGGUCGCUGCGUGCCUGACAGCAUCAACAACUGCGGCGCACAAUUGACUUGCAUCGAAGACAGCCGUCUCACUUGCGACCCCAACACUCUGGAGCGCGGCCGUCCUCUGUGCCGCCGUACUCCUGGCGCGUAA